ACAGAGCACCAUCGUGGGGGUAUAACUGGCUGUCAACCGAGCUCUCACGGCAGUCAUGGCGGCGCCGUUAGCCCACUUCGAUGAGGACUGGCAGGAUUUUAACGAGUUCAAGCCGUCCUCUGCGUCGGCCGACCAGCUGGACCAGCUGAACUCAAACGUGGCCGAUUCGUCGUCGGGCCUAGACGAUUUCUCAGACCUGGACAACAGUUUCUCCGGAGAGAUCUGCAGCUUCAAAUCGAUGGAGGACCUCGUCCACGACUUCGACGAGAAGCUGACAGUGUGUUUCCGAAACUACAACACCGCGACGGAGAACAUAGCCCCCGUCAAACCCAUCACAGAGGACAAUUACUUGAAGGACGACGAGGUGUGGAACGCUCUCACGGAUAACUAUGGCAACGUGAUGGCUGUGGACUGGAAGACAUCGCACACUCGCACCCUACACCUGCCCACCCUCAACCUCACUGAGCAUGAGAAGCUGGACAACCAGUCUCUGGAUCUGUCGGACGACGAGGAGCUGAGAGAGCAGAUGGACAUGCACUCCAUCAUCGUCUCCUGCAUCAACGAUGAGCCGCUCUUCACUGCUGAACAGGUGAUAGAGGAGAUCGAGGAGAUGAUGCAGGAGUCUCCAGACCCAGAGGACGACGAGAGUCCGUCGCAGUCCGACCUGUCCAUGCUCUCCCAGGACCUCCACGCACUGAAGCGCUCCGGCUCCAACACCAGCUACGAGGACCGGCUUCGUCAGCUGUCCAUGUCUGAGCUGACCGAGACUUUGGAGGAGGUGGAGACGGCCAUCCGCCGCUACAGCGAAGAGCUGAUCCAGGCUCUGGCCCUGCGAGACGAACUGGACUACGAAAAGGAGGUGAAGAACAGCUUCAUCUCGCUGUUGAUCGACGUGCAGAACAGACAGAAGGAGCACCGCGAGCUGCUGAGGAAGAAGAAGAAAAUCAGAAGUACGACGACGACCGGGCCCAACGGCCAGAGGACAGCCAGCACGCACAUACCGGGCACGUACCUGACCACAGUAAUCCCCUAUGAGAAGAAGGCUGGCUCCCCGUCAGUAGAAGACCUCCAGAUCCUCACAAAGAUCCUCCACGCCAUGAGGGAUGACAGCGAGAAGGUGCCUGCCCUGCUAACAGACUACAUUCUCAAAGUUCUUUGUCCCACGUAAAGCCAAAGGCGAGCCUCCUGUUGCCAGAACCGUUCGUUGGACGAUCAGAAGAGGGUUCUGGUGAUUCGGAAGACCCCAGAUAAUUGAUUUAAGAUCCAAAUCUUCCUUCCUCUUUUUCAACACAUAGACUUUCUUUCCUCGUGGCAUUUUUUUUAACUCUGCCACUGUUGUUUCCCCUAAAAUUUUAAUCUAGAUAUAACUCUUCAGUCUGUAUAGUUUCUUUUCAUUUGUCAUGUUUUAACCUUUUAAUGCCCGAGUGCUACAACCCUGUAUAUCCCAACUGCAUGGUGAUUUGUCUAUGGAUGCCAGUAAUUAGUAUUAGUCUGACCACCUCACUUCCUGAUUAGCCAGCAGCUCUUGAAUGGAGAAAGGGUCAGGUGUGUUUUGAUUCCAUGGGCUUCAUCGGCAGGCCUGUGGCAGGCUGGCAAUGAUCAAGCAUUAAUCCUGAAUGGAAACCUUUGCCAUGAUUGCAUAAUUUGUUGAUUGAUCGCAUAUAAUGUCUUGGGGUUGAAAACUCUGCUUGCUAAGGAUCAAAGAGCAAACCCUUUAACUGUAAAAUCCAAAAUCGUCAGUCUACAUGUCUUUGCAUGUUGGUUUUGGGUUUAUGCUCAAUAUUAGCCGUUAGUUGAAUGUGAAAAUGAAAUAUUUUGUAUACGAUUAAGAGAAAUUGCACAGUUUUGGGAACUUUUUACUUUUUGAAAAAGGGAAAAAAAAGUCUUGAGAAAGUAAUAGCUGGACGAACAAAACAGGGAAAGCAUAUUUUUGGAGAAAGGGGUUUGUUUUUAGCGAGAUUAGGGACUUGCUAGUAGCCACUUUUUGUGACCACCUCGCAACAUCAUUUUGUAAAUGCUGUCUGUUGACCUCUGAGCCCUCGAGUAGUGACCUCCAUCCCCAACAACUUUAUCACUUCCCCAGGAGUCGUCAUUCGACGAGUCUGCAAAUACUUCCAUAAACAGCAUAGUUAAGAUUAUGUUAGGUUUGAUGAUUGUGUAGUUAAGCUUCUGUUAAAAGUCGUGGGUUUUGUUAACCCUUUAACUGUUGUGUAAAUUUUGUGGUAGCACUUUAGCCUGUCAGUGAUCUGGUCAUGUAGUUGUGGAGAGUACGUGUCACUAGCGUUAGAGGUUCAACCUAGUGGUGCCAAAAGCACGUCAGCAUUAAGUGUUGUCAUGCUUCCUGUUCCACCUGUUUACUUUAUUGGUCGUCAUGAGCAUGAGACUUCAAACAACCAUAAAGGGGCGUUCCACCAAUCGUGCAGAGUCCUGCUCAGCCUGUAGAAAGCUGGGUCAGCAGGGUCAUCUCAAUUUGGGCUUGAGAUGACUAAAUCGAAACCAAGCCUCAGAUUGGGCUCAAGGCUGCAAAUUUGCAUCUGCAAACAGAAAGCCUGCAUGGACAAAAAUAAAAGUUGCAUUAUGGGAAUUGUAGGAUCCAGUGUUUUCGGACUAAACGUCUGAAUAUCUCAGCCUCUGCCUCAACGUUCAGAUCACCAGCUACUACAGGUGCACCACACACUGUCAGAUCAGGUCUAGUCUAGCUCUCAGGUACGAUCAUCAGCGUUAGUAGAUUAAAAUCUUGUUGUGAAAGGUACUGACAUUCCUGAGUCUUUGUACGUUCCUGGCGACGUUUUAUCAGCUGUACAUCAACUUGCUGCACUUUUAUCUCACAAAUUUCUCUAAAUGCCUGGACGAGCAGGCGGAGGUAGUCGCGAUAACCUCCUGACUGAAUCAGGGGAGCAUUACACGCGUCGGUUAUGUCACAAUUUGUUGAAACACAGUUUAAAGCUUGAUUGCAACACUUGGCUUCGUUGUGACAGCAGCAGGUGUAGCCAGCACUUAAACGGCACAGGCUGCAGUAGCAUCCGCUUGGCGUAGCGGUCUAGUUACGAUAGCGUACAUGCAGUUGUAACAUUUAGAGCCAAACUUUGAUUCUUUGGAAAAUCAGUACUUAUGUAAUAUGUAGGAGAAGGUGAGACUUAAAAAAAGGAAUUUGCUUUUACAUGUGAAUUUUUAGGCAUGUUUCUCACGCAUGUGGCCAGAAGAAAAAGGGCAUAGGAAGAUGAAAAGGGGUGUGAUAAAGUUCAUGCAUGUUGGGGAAGAUUGCACAAAGGGUUGCUUAAAUUUGAGGGGUCCAUUUAUUCUUUCGUAAAAGAAGACAAAAGCUUGUGAUACUAUAUUUAACUCUUUAUAUGUAACAGUUGUUUCUACUGUUCCCAGCUUUGAAAACGAUCAAAACCAAGCAUGUGCUUCAUGCACUUUACCGCUGCAAACACAUUUCUAAAGACGAUUCAUUUGUUUGUUUAUGGACUUAUUAAUAUUACACUAAAGGGACAAGUGCAUGUUGUAGUGAAAUGCAGAAAAACUCAAAGCAAAUCAGAAGGCUCGUGGCAGAGAAACAUGAGCCGCUUCAAGAAAAGAAACCCUCAAUCGAUCGUAAUCUUACAGCAGCUUCAACGAAAAGGACACCAACUGUGUAAAUCUAUCUUUUGUUGUAUGAUUAAAUGGCAGCCAGCGUGGAAGUUACUGGAGGAUCUCGUCUCAGGCCAGAUCUGGUCUCUCGUUAGCAGACAUAUCAGUGUAACUACAAUUAAGAGAUUUAUAUUUAUAUAUGUACAACGAAACAAGCAAGCAGAAAAAAGAGGCUGCCUUUGUAAAUGCCUGACAUUUUUUGUACAUUAAACCCACUCCUUUUUGUUUUUAAUGCAAUAUAAUUGCCCAGUUUGGGGUUUUAUGUUUACUGUCUCAUGUGGUACUACAGUAUAUUAAUUUAUUAUGUAAAUGUUCGUUUUGUAACCAUUAUUAUUGACUGUGAUGGUACAAGUGUCUUGUGCCCACAUUGCAUUGCAGCUCAUUUCAAAUAAAUUAA